AUGGCUACUGGAAUGAAAGGAGGCGAUUCUACUCUAGUAGAGGCGGCUCUACUUCUAGUAGAGCAUGCUCAACUUUCAAUGGAGGCAGCUCCAUUGCUGUGCAUGACUUCAAAUGGACAUAACUCAAUCCAUUUAACUCCAAAUGAGCUUUGGACGGCGCCGGUGGAUGGAUAUUUCAAACGUAACUUUGAUGUGGCCUUCAACUCGGUUAAAAAGACUUGUGGGGAAGGUAUGAUUCUCAGAAACCACCUCGGACAUCCCAUUAAGGUGGCUUUAGUUUUUCUUGAGAAUGUUAGUUGCCUUCCUCUAGCUGAAGGACUUGUACUUCGUGAAUCUUUACUUUUUGUUAAAAAUUGGGGGUAUAAAGAUGUGAUUGUGGAGGGUGAUUGCCAACCAGUUAUAAACUUUCAUGCAUCUAUUGAGGCCUUAAUAGUUAUUUUUAAUGAUAUUAAAUCUCUUCAUAAGGUUUGUGAGGGUUCUUCCCUUGCUUGGGUUUCUCGUCAAGGAAAUGUUGUAACUCAUAUUUUGAGCAAUAAAACUCUUUUAGCCGAAUGUAGCGAUUUGAGUGGAGCGUUUGGCUCUAGUGGCUGUUAG